AUGAUCCUGCCAGUGGCAGCUAUUUCAUUCCUUUCGCUUUUGCGUGGGGCCCUCGCUGUUCCUUCGAAUGUCGAGAGAUCAACUCCGACAACAGUGGCGGAGUGGAAGGCAUAUGAGGAUGACAGUACACUGCAGCGUCUUGAUCCGAGCUUCACGUCACAGACCAAAGUAUCGAAUUCCCAGUACAUGGUUCGAGAUAGAGUGCUCGAUCUCGAGUCUACUCUCCAGGCUGCCAAUGAUUCUGCAACACGGUAUCUGACCAUGUACUCGGACGUCCUGAUGGUCGAGCAUGAUGCGGACAUCCAUGUCCCGCCACUGGCUCAGAUCGUCACGCGUGUCCUCGCCGCCGAGGGAAACAUCACGCUCACUGUUUCUCGAACUGAGGGAGAUCAGGUCAGGUCUCGCGGUGUCCUCUAUCUCAUUGCUCCGACGGUGCAGGGUCGCCUAUUCCUCGACCUUCUCGACACACCUUGGGCCGGCAAUCCUGUUGAGAUCGAUAUUGGGAAGCCCGAAGAGAAUGACCUCGUCGGCAUUUCCAUAUCCUUCUUCGGCCCCCUGUCUGCUCCCCAAUUCGUCUGGCUGACGGCGGAUAACAUUGACAAGCUAAUCAUGGAAUCGGACGACCUGACCAGCUCGCUGAGCGCACAGCUCCUCGCCGCCACCUCUCUCUUCUGGACAUGGCCUCGGAUGAGCCUGGAUAUUGCAGCCCACGUCGGCAUGAUGGCUUCUAGGUCGAUGUCCGGGAAGCUUCUCUACCUGCAGGCGCAGUCUCUCGCAGACUGGCUAAGUGGCAAGCUUGCCGCCGGACCGAAGACCAAUCCCGCCCCGAACCUGGAUGUCGAAACGUAUGAAAACGCCGUGGGCGAUGCGCUGGACGUUGCUCAGGCAUUUGAGAACCGGUACAAUGACCUGACCGACGCUUCCAAGGCUCAAGAGGAAAGACUCGAGGCCUGGGGCGCCAUGGUUGCCCAAGCGACCGAUCGACUGAACGUACAGCGGACACUGGCCCAGGUAGCCGAGAGCGACUACGGAGCUGCCGAGGCGACACUGGGUGGCAUCUUGGCCAACUUCCAGGCCCAGACGGUCUUCCUGGCGGCUGCCGGCGCUAACUUCUCGGACGGCGUGGACAAGUACAUUGAAGAGCAGGAACGCCAGCGAAUCUUUGAUCUUGCCACGAGCCUUAUAACCGUUGGCCUGUCUUGUAUCAGCUUUGCCGCAUCCUCGGGCUUCUCGGCCGUGGUAGGGUCCUGGAACUUUGUCUUUACAAAUUCCGUCUCGGCGGCGGAGGUGGCAAUGGGCCUCUCCGCUUCGGGGCAGGCGCACUUCCAGGAGUGGAUCGACACCGUCGUCGAGGCGGCAGACCCGCCCAGCCUCGACCCGACGAUUGCCCAGCUCGAGGCGACGGCGUUGGGCACCGCCGACGAGGCCGCCACGGCCGCCACGAUUGACGCUUUCCGCCUGGUCGCCGCGGCGGGGUCGGCCCUCCGCGACGCCUCGACCACGACGCAGCAGCUCGUCCUCGACUCGCGCGACAUCCCGGGCAUGAUGCCCACGCACUCCCCCUACCAGCGCACCGAGGGCGAGGUGCACGUCCUGUGGGACGACUACAUGUCGGACAACGCGUGGUGGAUCGAGCAGUGCAUCGAUCUCGGCAUCCAAGGCACGCGCGAUGUGAGGGCUGAGAUGGAGAAGCUGACUGCACGCGGCAAGCUGGUCGCCGGCGCCCAGUCCCAUCUCGUCCGGACGGGACAGGACCUCGUCAGGGCACGUCUGGCGGUGCACACGGCCGAGAGGGACGUCGAGAGGCUUACUGAGCUGAAGAGCGACUUUGAGGACAAUCACGAGCUGACCGAGGAGGCGAGGAUGGCAUUUUACCAGCGGAGGAUGAGCGUCAGGACCGACAUUGUCCGCCUCAUGGAGAAUGCCACGCAAGCCUACCGAUACCAGACUCUGAGGGAGAGCGACGUAACGCUGGAUCCCACUGUGUCUCUCGAAGAUCUCCAGUCCCGCCAGCUGGCGGCAAAGAUGGAGCUCCUGAAUUGGAAGUCGGGCUUCUCUAGCCCGCCGCAAAAAUUCACGCUUCCCAUGUUUGCCUCCGAAAUGGGUCUCCAAGAGCAAGAAAUCCUCCACUCCCUCAAGAGCCCGGACACGAACCACACCUUCCGCUUCCAUCUCGAGCCGGACUCCGUCACCGGUGGUACACCCGGACCGUUCGUUGACGGCAGCUACUUCCACAUCACCGAGCUCGAGGUCUACCUGCUGGGCCUCGAGCCUGUCAGCACCCAGCCCCAGCACUCGGUCAAGCUGUCCGUCCUCACCACAGGCUCUUACAGCAACAUCCGUGACGAUGACACCGUUUUCGACUUUUUUAUGCGUCCCCACAGCCGCUCCUUUCAGUACACGAUCAAUGAAGCGGGGGGGGUGGGCAUCAACAUCUGUGCCAACUUUGGCGGGAGCGAGUGGACGACGCCGACGCCUUUCAGUGAGUGGGCGGUGUACGUGUGGAACCCGGAAAAUUAUGACUUUACGAACGUGACGGAUGUCAUGAUACUCUGGCACGGAGAGGCCUACUUUGACGCGAUGCCGUCGCGAAGGACGAGAUAUCCAAAGGGGGCGGACACGUUCUUGAAGGCCAACAAGGGGGAGAGGUGUAAGUUGUAG